CAAAUCCCACUCCAACCCUGUCUGACCUUCUCAAUUAAAUGCUAACAUUUACAAGAGAGAGAAAAUCUUGUAGAGAGAGAGAGAAACAACUCACACCAGUAGAGAGAGAAACAAACACCGACCGAGCUGAGAGACAACGGAGAGAGGACCUACUUCACGCGCCAGUCAAAAAUGGGGAGAGGUGAGCAGACCUCUGAAAAUUAAACACGUACAAGAAGAAGAGAGAAAAACACAGGCAAUAGCGCUGAGAGGGAGGAAUAUAGAGGCAGGGGUAGGAUCUGUGCAAGGAGAGAGGAAAACAGAGGAACGGGUAGGAUCGAAGAGAGAGAGGAAUACACAACGACAGUAGGGAAGAGAGAGAAGAAUGGUGAGGAGAAGGGUAGGAGCGCUGAAUCAGGAAGAAACUGAAUCCUGAAAGCAGAAUUACUGGUUCUUGGUUUUGAAGAGAGAGAGAGAAAGGGUUCAGAGGAGUAGACAGAGAGGAUCACUGUAUUGGUUCGCUGUUUUCGAAGCCUUCGACGAACUUCGCUGCAUAACGCUCCUUCAAAACCAUAAAGCUCCCAUCUAUGGUGGUUUAAGACGAAGGCAAACACUCCGCUAACCUAAAACCCUCAAAACAGCUUCCUCUUUCGACCGAAACCGCGAUUCCCUCUCUCUAGGGCAUAAAAAAUGCCUUAUCUCAUCACUUCCCAGCACAGAAGUGGUUUUUUGUCUUUGAAAACGGUUUUCAGGUAACUUAAGCAUGGGCUGCGUCUUUGGAAAGCGGUUUUCCGGCCAAAAACCGGCUGCUGGGAAACCGGUUUCGGGUGACCAUAAGGAAAUUCCUGCCAAAACAGAGGCUUUGGAAAUAGAGAACGAUGUUAGGGUUAAGAAGGAGAAAGCCCGCCAAAAUGGAGGUGAUUUGGCGGUCGUGGAGAAGAGAGAGAGAAGGAGACAUAAAGCAAACCCUAGAUUGAGCAAUCCUCCUGGAAAUUUGAUUGGAGAGCAGAUAGCAGCUGGUUGGCCUGCUUGGCUCUCUGCAGUUGCAGGAGAGGCAAUUAGAGGGUGGGUACCCAGAAAAGCUGAUACCUUUGAAAAGCUUGAUAAGAUUGGACAAGGAACAUAUAGCAAUGUUUAUAAAGCCCGGGAUAUCAUCACGGGAAAGAUAGUGGCCCUAAAGAAAGUCAGAUUUGAUAACUUAGAACCAGAGAGUGUGAAAUUCAUGGCUCGGGAGAUUCUUAUACUUCGAAGACUGAACCACCCCAAUGUGGUGAAGCUUGAGGGUCUUGUCACUUCCAGGAUGUCUUGUAGUUUGUACCUUGUUUUUGAGUACAUGGAACAUGAUUUAGCAGGGCUUGCUGCAUGCCCAGGAAUAGAGUUCACAGAGCCUCAGGUCAAAUGCUAUGUGACUCAAUUGCUUCGUGGUCUUGAGCACUGUCAUAACCAGAGGGUCCUGCAUCGUGACAUCAAGGGUUCAAAUCUUCUUCUCGACAAUGAAGGGAUCCUGAAAAUAGCUGAUUUUGGACUAGCAUCUUUUUAUGAUCCUGAACAGAAGCAGCCAAUGACAAGUCGAGUUGUCACGCUUUGGUAUCGGCCACCCGAACUUCUAUUAGGGGCCACCUAUUAUAGUGUGGGCGUCGACCUUUGGAGUGCAGGAUGUAUUUUGGCUGAGCUUCUUUCUGGGAAGCCAAUAAUGCCUGGACGAACAGAGGUGGAGCAAUUGCACAAGAUAUUUAAAUUAUGUGGUUCUCCCUCAGAAGAAUAUUGGAAGAAAUCUAAGUUGCCGCAUGCUACUAUAUUUAAGCCCCAACAGCCAUAUAAACGUUUUCUAGCAGAGACAUUUAAGAAUUUUCCACCUUCUUCAUUACCCCUUAUUGAGACACUUCUUGCAAUUGACCCAGCUGAGCGAGGUACUGCUACCUCUGCUCUGAAAAGUGAAUUUUUCAGUUCAAAGCCUUAUCCUUGUGAACCUUCAAGCCUUCCACAGUAUCCUCCUAGCAAAGAAAUGGAUGCCAAAUUGAGGGAUGAAGAAGCUAGAAGGCAAAGAGGUCUUAGUGGGAGAGGCCAUGGUGGUGAUGGAACGAAGAAAACCCACCGUCCACGUGACCGUGGCAGCAGGGCUCUGCCUGCUCCAGAAGCAAAUGCGGAGCUUCAAGCAAACUUGGAUCGACGACGAAUGAUAACCCAUUCAAAUGCCAAAAGCAAGAGCGAGAAGUUCCCACCUCCACACCAAGACGGAGCUGUUGGGUUUCCAUUAGAUGCUUCUCAUGGCCAAAUGUCCUUUGAUGUGCAUGAUGCUUCUUUCACUUCAGCAACUUUCGGUCUCAAGAAGGGGCCAGUGGUGUCUUGGUCUGGACCUCUUGGGAACUCGAAAAGUGGUGGCCUCACGAGAAAGAAGAAAACAAAUGUUGAUGAAUCUCAAUUGCACACUUCUCGUGUUUUUUCUAGGCCAUCGAGAGUACCUUCCAUUGGUUUGUCCAUGGAGCUUCAGAAAGAUCGGAGCAGUGGCUUGAAGGUCAAGGGCAAGGAGGGUGUAUCAGAAGUUUUUGGUUCUCAGAAGUAGUGCUCUCUCUUUCUCUCGGUCUCUCUCUCUCUCUCUUCUGGUUCUUCUUUAUUCUUUGGUUGCUGGGAUAUAGAUUAGCAGAAUCAAGCUUAGGAUGAUUUCUCUUGAGUGUUAGAUUUAGUGUGAGCGAUUGUUGGUGCUUCCAGUAAUGGCAGAGCCCACCACGAUGAUUUCUCUGUAUAUGUAUGUACAGGUUCUUAGGGAAGCUACACAAGGCAGGCAGGUUUUUAAGGUAGGUGAUACUCUCUUUUUGUGUUUCUCACUGUUUUCUUCUUUGUUUUGUUUCCCUGAAUUAGAAGUUGUUCUUUUUUUGUUAUAGCAAUUUUUUUUAAUUGUGUGAGGGCAUCUUCACCCUGUCGAGCUGCUUCUUGAAUGGUUGCAAAGUUGAGUAUGUAAUAAUAUUGGGGAAAGGGGUUUAUGUGGUUUUCAUAUU